CAGAUCUGUGCAUCUCAGUCCGUCUCAUUCUCUCCAAGACAGGCAGACCUCCUCAGCAGUCCUCACAAUGUCACUGAGAGUCAGCAGCACCUCUACCACUUCUGGACGCUCCUUCGGAGGCAGUGGACUCGUAGGCGGAGGCAGUGGACUCGUAGGCGGAGGCGGUGGACUCGUAGGCGGAGGCUUCAGUUCAGGUGGAGGCUUGAUGCAAAGGUCAUACGCUAGAAGUGUGUAUGGAGGUGCAGGUGGCAGUGGAGCAAAAGUCUCCAUUUCCUCCGCUGGUUUUGGCAGUUAUGGCGGUGGUGCAGGUGGCGGUUACAGUUUUGGCAUGGGAGGAGGUGGCGGCGCCGGCUUCGGUGCCGGUGGAUGCAUUGACAUCGGAGCAAGUGAGAAGGCCACCAUGCAGAACCUGAACGACCGCCUGGCCUCCUACCUGGACAAGGUGCGCAGCCUUGAGAAGGCCAACGCUGAGCUGGAGCUCAAGAUCCGCCAGUUCUUGGAGAGCAAGACCUCCCCCAUCACCCGUGACUACUCAGCUUACGAGGCCACCAUUGCUGACCUGCAGGGAAAGAUCCAGGCCGCCACUGGUGUCAAUGGAGGCAUCUAUCUGGCCAUUGACAACGCAAAACUGGCAGCAGACGACUUCAGAACCAAGUACGAGAAUGAGCUAGCCAUGCGUCAAUCAGUGGAGGCAGAUAUCGCCGGUCUAAAGAGACUGUUGGAUGAGCUGACACUGGCCAGAUCGGACCUUGAGAUGCAGAUAGAAGGCCUCAAGGAGGAGCUGAUCUUCCUCAAAAAGAACCACGAGGAGGAAAUGGCAGCCAUGAGGAGCCAGAUGAGUGGACAGAUCAACGUGGAGGUGGACGCAAAACCACAGCAAGACUUGAGCGCCGUUAUGGCUGAGAUCCGUGAACAGUACGAGAAUGUGGCUGCCAAGAACAACAAAGAGCUUCAAGCCUGGUUCCAAACAAAGACAGAGGAGCUGAACAAGGAGGUGGCAAUCAACACAGAAAAUCUCCAAACGUCCAAGUCAGAAAUCUCUGAGAUCCGUCGCACAUUGCAGGGCCUGGAGAUCGAGCUACAGUCGCAACUUAGCAUGAAAGCGUCCCUGGAGGGCACUUUGGCUGACACAGAAGCACGGUAUUCCAUGCAGCUCCAAGGCCUCCAGAUGCAGGUGACAGGCCUGGAGGAUCAGCUGUCAUGCCUGCGCACCGACAUAGAAAACCAGAGCCAAGAGUACAAAAUGCUGCUCGACAUCAAGACACGACUGGAGAUGGAGAUCGCAGAAUACAGGAGGCUGCUGGACGGAGGUGGCAGUAUCAGCAGCAGUUCAGGUCACUCCUCCUCCUCCAAGGUGAUAGUGGUCACAGAGGAACUGAGGGAUGGCAAGGUGGUGUCCUCUUCUGUCAGCAGCACCUAAUAACCUGCCUCGCGCAGCAAACGCAGCGCAAGGGGCAACCUCUGAGGGCUACAAGCACAACAUCUGAACCCUAUACUUCCUUCACAUGCAAUAAAAGUCUCUCAGUGUGCUGACUA